AUGAGUCACGGAAUCGAGUGCAACGAGUUUGGCAAUGUUGCGCUUAAGACGGGCUAUGUUGUCGGCAAACGAUACGUCGUUAUGUCGAGACUCGGCGAGGGCGGUUGCGGCACCGUUUAUAAGGUGUUUGAUCUGAAGACAAACAAGAAAUUGGCGCUGAAAGCCGAAGCAAAUUGCAUCGAAGGCGGUAGUGUGCUGAAACUCGAGGCACAGAUCUUACGGAAACUCAUCGGUAAACCCCAAUUCCCGCAGAUGAAAUGGGCCGGGAAACGAGAGAAAUUCUCGUACGUUGUAAUGACUCUUCUCGGCGAUUCCCUUUCCUAUCUGCUCCGACUUCACGGUUCAAAGAUCAACAGCAUCUCCACACAAAUCCGUCUCGGCGUCCAACUGUUGCACGCUCUGAAAACACUACAUGAUAUUGGUGUCGUCCAUCGGGACAUCAAACCGGGAAAUCUCGCAAUGGGACAUCCUGAUUCGCCCGAGUCCAUGCACACGCUCUACGUACUCGAUUUCGGCUUGGCAAGAGAAUUCAUGUUGCAAACAAAUGGUCGUUGGGAGUUUCGGCGACGUCGAAACGAUUGCCUUUUUCGUGGAACAUCUCGCUAUUGCUCCUUGAAUGUGCACGAAAAAGGCGAUCAGUGCCGGGCCGACGAUUUGUGGUCAAUGAUGUACAUGCUGGCCGAGAUGCGACGAGCAUUACCUUGGAGAAAGCUUCAAGAGAAAGCCGACGUACAACGAUGCAAGAUAAACACCACCGAUGCAGUGCUCUUCAUGAACUCGCCUUCGAAGUUAUCACGAAUCACGAGUCAUUUGCGUACGCUUGGCUACUACAAUCGGCCCGACUACGGCCUGAUCUACGAGGUUUUUCUGGAGAUCAUGAAGGAGGAAAAGAUAAAGAUGGAUGAGUUGUACGAUUGGGAAGACUACGUUCAACAAAGGGACGCCGCACACAAGAAGAGACAGAAGCUUCCGUCGAAGAAGUCACAAGCUGCUCAAUCCGCCGAGCCCGUCCAUUCACCGGGAGAGGGAAUACGCAAACAGGCUUCGCAAACAAGCCUGAAAUCAGCCGAACCGGUCAAUCCAUCCGCCGAGGCGACAAACGAUCCGACUUUGGUGACCGCUGCAAAAUCACGAAGUGACGAGAAAGGGGUUGGAGAGGAAGAAAUAAACAUCUUGGAGACACAAGAUGAUCCAGAAAGCUGGGGAGAUUUUCCGGCCGACGAUUUCUACACAAAUCCGACCGGACUU